AACUUUCAACCAAAAUCAUCACUAGUUCACUACUAUAUAGUAGCAAUUAAGAGAGACUUAGCUAAAAAUGGAAGAAAUACAUAGUGAGGUAACAUGGGAGAAGGAGGAGGAAGAAGAAGAAGAAGAAGAAGAACAAGCUCAAAUUGAUAUAUGGAAAUACAUAUUUGGUGUUGCAGAAUUUUCAGUGGUGAGAUGUGCAAUUGAACUUGGCAUAGCUGAUGCCAUUGAAAAACACAAAAAACCCAUGUCACUAAUAGAGUUAUCAACAACUCUAAAAUGUGACCCUUCAUAUCUUAACCGCAUCAUGAGAUUCCUAGUACAUAGGAAAAUAUUCAAAACCAUACAUAACAACCAUGACACCUAUCCUAGUUAUGUUCAAACACCACUUUCUCGCCGUUUAAUUAAAAACGGCGAGAAAAGCAUGGCUGCUUUGUUUUUAGUACAGAGCAGUCCUGUAAUGGUAGCACCUUGGCUUAGUUUAAGUGGUCGUGUUUUGAUUAAUGGCAAUCCUUCUUUUGAGAAGGUUCAUGGUGAAGAUGUGUGGGGUUAUGGUGCUUCACAUCUUGAUCAUAGUAAUCUUUUUAAUGAUGCUAUGGCUUGUGAUGCUAAAAUUGUUGUGCCAGCAAUUGUUGAAGGUUGUAGUGAGGUUUUUGAUGGUGUUGGAUCCUUGGUGGAUGUUGGUGGAGGGAAUGGUACAGCCAUGAGUAUUCUUGCUAAGGCUUUUCCUUGGAUUCAUGGAAUUAAUUUUGAUCUUCCUCAUGUUAUUGAGGUGGCUCCAAAGUGUCAUGGGGUGGAACAUGUGGCAGGUGACAUGUUUACAAGUGUUCCCAAAGCUGAUGCUGUAAUUAUUAAGGUUGUUGCACAGAAACUCAAGGAAGCUGAAAUCACCGAGCAGGAUUCACUUCUUCUGACAAGGAACCUGCUCCGAAUUGCCAUAUUCAACAUUAGCUAUAUCAGAGGACUAUUUCCUGAGAAGUACUUCAAUGACAAAUCUGUUCCUGCAUUAGAGAUGAAGAUCAAAAAGCUGUUGCCAGUGGAUGCUGAGUCUCGUAGACUGAUUGAUUGGAUGGAGAAAGGUGUGUAUGAUGCCUUACAGAAGAAAUACCUGAAGACACUUCUAUUCUGUGUGUGCGAAGCAGUGGAUGGACCGAUGAUUGAGGAAUAUGCAUUUUCCUUUAGCUACUCGGAUUCUGAGAAGCAAGAGGUGUCUAUGAAUAUCAACCGCACCGGAAGCAAAAAGCAGGGGUCCUUCAAGUGUAACUCGACUACUGAGAUUACUCCCCAGCAGAUGAGGAGUUCUGCUUGUAAAAUGAUAAGGACUCUAGUUCAGUUGAUGAGAACUCUGGAGAAAAUGCCAGAAGAGCGCACCAUUCUGAUGAAGCUCCUCUACUAUGAUGAUGUGACGCCAGCGGAUUAUGAGCCUCCUUUCUUCAGGGGCUGCAGUGAAGAAGAAGCGAAUCAUCCUUGGGUGAAAAAUCCAUUGAAAAUGGAGGUCGGCAAUGUGAACAGCAAGCAUUUUGUAUUAGCUCUGAAGGUGAAGAGUGUGCUUGACCCUUGUGAGGAUGACAAUGAGGGAAUCCAAGAUGAUAUGAGUGAUGAUUCUAUGCACAAUAAUGAGUAUUAUGAUACUGACAGUGAAGUUGAUCAUUCUCAAGGGAAUCACUAUUUUGUUGCACCCAUAGAGAAACAGCAAGAGCAGGAAGAUACUGGCGAGAUUGAUGAAGAAAAUACCCAGGACCCGGUUGAAGAUGAGCAACAAUUGGUCCGCGUUAAGGAAUGGCUAAACUGUUGUCACCUUGAUACCAUUGAUCUUACUGAUGUUCUAUCAAACUUUCCAGACAUCUCAGUGGUUCUGACUGAAGAGAUCAUGGACAACCUUGUCAAGGAAGGUGUACUAUCAAAAAUAGGGAAGGACACCUAUACUAUUAUUAAGGACAAGAAAUCCGAAUAUGAUUUCACCACUGUGAAAGAAGAAAUUGAUGGUCAAAUGCCUCCAGUCCUUGAUAGAGCUUUACCAGCUGAAGAUCUCAUAUACAUGAAGGCUCUCUACCAUACUCUUCCAAUGGCAUAUGUGUCAGUCACAAAGCUUCAAAGCUCGUUCCAGGGAGAAGUUAGCCAAGCAGCGGCAAGAAAGUUACUUGACAGAAUGACCCAGGAUGGGUUUGUUGAGCCUAAAGGCAGCAAAAGACUAGGAAAACGUGUAAUCCAUUCUGAGUUGACUGAGAAAAAACUCAUUGAAGUCCAAAAAGCACUAGGUGUUGCUGAAGCUAUGGAUGUUGAUCACUGUGAACCAAAUAGCAAAUCCAAACAAUCUGGUUACCGUAUAAAUGGAAGUAACCGCGACAUCUCAACAUGUGGUGUUCUCCACUCCAUUGGAUCAGAUUUAACAAGAAUGAAAGUGACAUCUGAUACAAAUAAUACUGACUCCAUGAGUGGACUGAAAACGCUAAAGGCAAAAGAGACGGGGAACACCCCAACAAGCAGGGUUGGGCCAGUUGCUUCAAGAGAAAGUUUUGCCCAUGGGAAAGAGAACAGCACAGCAAAUGGAAAUGGGAUUGGAAAUGAAGGCGACGCAGCUGAGACAAUCAUCUGCAGCAAGCCAUCCCAGGAGAAGCGCCCCAGGAAGACAAGCGCGGUCAAGGAACCUAUCCAUCAAAAUGCGAAGCGUCAGAGAUCUCAGGCUCCAUGAACCUGAUUUAUGGAUAGCUCAGUAUUUGUGAAUGACACAGACAAAAACUGAUACGCAUCUCAAACUUAUAUACCGUACAAUUAAUUAAGCAUUUGGUAAUGCAUACAGUUGUUAGAAAAACCUUUGGUUUGCUUUCCUUUCCUUGUCGACUUUUUUGUAACUGGCUUAUGCCAAGUAUUGCAAUUUUACUUUAUGGGAUUUAACAAAUUAUAAUAAUUCUUGUUCAAAAAAACAAAUUAUAAUAAUUGAUAAUGCUAUUGAUAUA